CAGACGUGUAGCAGGGAGCGUAAAUAACCCGGUCUGAGGGGAAACAACACAAAGAAAUGAGUGCAGAACGCUCCAGGCUGCUCCUGCUAAAGGUGCGAUUUCAGUUGUGACCGCUGAGUAGAGGAGAGUCACGGCGAAGGUGACGAUGCAUCCGUUUGGCCGCGAAGCCGAGACGUCACUGCAGGACCUGUUUGAGUACUUCAAGAGGUGCCUGCAGCACGCGGAGUGGGAGCUGGCCAGUGCCUGUGUGCCGCAGCUGGUUAACUCUGGAGGAGAACUUUCAGAGCAGCUGCGAGUCAUAAUCAGAGCUAUUGUCACUCAUCCUCACAGCUUGAAAUGGGAGUCCGUCGGCAGCCCGCACAGACUGGCCUGGUUUUGGCUGCAGGUGUUGGAGGAACGCACAGAGGAACGGGUUUCUCCCAGCGUCAAAAGAGAGCUGGAGUUCCUGUUACUUCUGGAGGAGCUGGAGUCACAGGGCAUAUCAGAGACUGUUCUCAAGCAGGAGUUGCAUCAGGCCUUCUCCAACUCACGUUCUGAUCAAAAGACCUCAGAAGAGUCGAGAACAACGGACGCUGCCGUCGAGUCGUGUCUGCAAACCCUGCUGGAGAAAAAGAAGCCGCGACUCGCACAGACGUUGGCGCAUUUCUUACAGGACCAGUCAUGCUCGGAGGACCAGACGCUGCAGCACACGUUCAUCCAGCACCUGCUGAGGAAGCUGGGGAAGCCGGAGAGGAGAGCGGAGGAGGUGGAGGACUGGGUGGAGGAGAUAUACGGAGUGCUGGCCGUGAUGCCGUGGAGCUCUCAGCGGGGCGGAGGGCAGCUGGAGGCCCUGUGUGAAGCUCUGUGGGCGGCCAGAGACGGACCCCUGAAGGAGGAGAGGAUCCUCAGCUGCCUGUUUCGGCCUCGAUGCGACGCUCUGGUCACCACCUACUGCUGCACGGCUCUGAGGCUGCAGAGGGAUCACCUGCUGAGGAGCUCGCCUCAGACACGAGUGGACCUUCCCGAAGCAGAGAAGCUGACCCUCAGUUUAUGCUGCCACAAGGAUCGUCCCUCUGCCUGGAAGUCCAUUUACUUUGAGUGCCUUAGCAGUGGAAAACACUUCCUCGAGCAGGUCUUGGUUACUGCACUCGACCUGAUUAAACACGAGGAGUUCGGUCAGCUGAAAGACUUGCUGCAGCUGGAGUUUCAGCCGUUGUCUCGGCUGCUGCUGCUGCUCGGAUGGACUCAGUGUCGCAGCUUGAACUCGGCCCAGUCGCUGCUCAGCAUCCUUCACAAAGAGCAGGUGGCAGCCAAUGACUCUGUUCUGCAGGAGUUUGCCAAUCUUUUGUCAUCUCAGCUCGAAAUACUUGAAUGGUGUAAAAACAACAAUCCAGGGAUUUCCACGGAGGCGUUGUUGGCGCAGCUUCACGCUCUAGACAAUCACUCAGCCCUCUAUAUUCUGCACUCUCUGACUCCUUUAGCUCAGUUUGAAGAGCGCAGGAUAUUAGAUCUACUGCAGCAACUGCCAGAUUCACCAGAAACAGAGGACACUGAGGCAGUCAGUCCUGUCAACCCUGGUGUGCAGAGGAACAUCGUUUUGUUUCAGGGCUUCUGUGCCAUGAAGUACGCCAUCUACGCGCUCUGUGUGAACGCACACAAAUACUCAAAUUGCACAGAGUGCGAGUCCAUGCAGCAGCAGCAGCAGCAGCAGCAGCAGCAUCAGAACUCAGAAGCAGAAACGGACCAAAACAAAACCGCAUCAUCCUCAGAAGGUUGCAGUUUGGUGUUCCAGCACUACCUGUCGGAGUGUCAGCUCUACCUAGAAACUGUGCCUGCCAUGUUCCGCCUGGAGCUCCUGGAGAAUAUCUUCUCCCUCCUCUUUCUGUCCACCGCUGACUUUGCCCAACAGUUUCAAAAGGACACAAACUCUAAUCUGAGCACAGGGAAUGACACUCAGUUAGACAAGUUAUCAAAUACAAGAAACUCAUAUGUAGAGUCGGACACUAAAGCAAAGACUGGUGAGACUGAGGACAGAAGGAAGGAGAACCAGAAGCUGCAUUCAAGCCCAGCAGCAGCCCACCGUCAUCACCUGGACCUGGGACACUUCAUCCAGGGCUGCAGGGGCUUUCUGGUCGACGUGACUGCCAUGGAGGGCUUUCUGAAGCUGCUGAAGGAAGGGCUGGAGGGCAUGUGUGUGGUGGGUCAGCAGGAGGGACAGGAGGCGGGAAGAGCGCUGCCUCGAGAGGCCGAGGCGGCGGCGAGCCUGGGCUGCUCGGUGACCCCCGAGACGUUCGGGGCUCGGCUGCAGAGGCUGUCCAAACGGACCGCGGAGGCUCAGUGGAGGCUGCAGAUCAUCACCAGCAACCAGGGCAGCGGAAGUGGUUCAGAAAGCCCUCUCCAGAUGUCAGCAGUCAGUUGUGCUGCCACGUCUCUGGGACGCAGCAAGCGCUCGAGCCUGAGGAGGAGGAGGAAACCAGGGAGGCAUUCAAUAGAGAGACACUCCUCUGUAGAGAAACAUAAUGGAGAAGUUAGCACGAGUGCAUCAGAUGGAGGAGGCGGACCGGCAGCAGCUUGUGUUGAACUGGAGUUUUGUCCGUGUGGAGGUUCCCACAGCUGGCUGGUUCCUGCCAUGUUGUCGCCUCCAGAGUCUCUGCUCAUGUCCUGCAUCCGCAGAGGAAACUUCAUGGAAGCACAUCAGGUGUCUGUGGUGUUUGAUCUGGAGGCGUCGGCCUGUUGUGGCGAGCUCGUGUUCAUGGAGCGCUACAAAGAAGUGCUGGUGGAGCUGGGGCAGGUGGAGCAGAAGAUGGAGCACCAGUCCAUGUCUUCGUCCUCGUCCUCUUCGGAGGGUUUGGGUUCAGCAGCUGCACCAGGCCCAGGGAGGGGCCGUCUGGGCAGCAGCGGCCGAUCAACGCUGCAGGCGAUUGGAAGUGCUGCUGCUGCAGGUGUGGCCUUCUACUCCAUCUCCGACAUAGCGGACCGUCUCCUCAGCACCCCUGCUCACCCGCUGCCCUCACUGGAGGAAGGCUACUGGCUGAGCCGCUGCUCUUCAGAUGCCCCUGACCUCCUGUACACGCUGCUGGCGGAACUCAGCCCGUCUGCCAUGGCUGCCUUCGACCUGGCCUGCUGCCACUGUCAGCUCUGGAAGACGUCUCGGCAGCUGCUGGACACGGCGGAGCGCCGACUCAACAGCAGCCUGGAGGCUCGAGGAGUAAGAGUUGACCCUAAAGUGCCUCAUGCUGAAGGGAUCUGUGGAUUUCCAAUGAUAUUACAUCAGAUAAGCAAGAUCCUGAAUCAUUCAUCCACUCAUAAAGGCUCCGUCAAAACAGAAGCCGGCGGGGACGACCAGGUGUUUUCUGGCCCAUUUGGUUGCUGCAUCCAGGAGGUGCUGCUCUGCUGCCACCCAGCACUGACCGAAGAGUGUAUUUCCGCUCGGCUCAGCCUCGCUCAGCGUCUGGAGAGCACCCUGCACAAUCUGAGCACCGCUACAGACGGCACAGACGGCAUUGUGGGCAGCGCUCUCCUGGCGCUCCUGGUUGAACAGGCCAGUCUGAAGCAGUCCGAGCUGGACGCUCACCCGGUUCGCUCCAGCAUGAAGCAGCUGCUCCGUUCUCUGGACCAGCUCUGCCCCUUCGAGCCGGACGGAGUGCUCGCCAGACCAGAUUACGUGCGCAGCUUCUUCGACUACGUCAACACGCUGGCGUCGGUGUUGGUGCGGAGCCUUGGCUCGGAAGACCACAACAGUGAAGUGAAACUUGGGAAUCCGCUGCUGGUGUUGCUUCAAACCCCAUUUCAGCUUUUCUCCCACCUGCUGUUUGACCGACAGGUGGCUCCUGACAGAGUUCUGUCGCUGAUGCAGCAGGAAGGUCUGCGACUGAGCGUCCAGCAGGUGAUCGUCCAGCGAUGCUGCGAGACUCUUCCUGUGUGGAUCUCCUGUCUGGGUGACGACAGAGACUCCGCUCAGGUCAGGAGAGACGAUGGACCCUUCAGUGUUUCCACUUUGUCUCUUCUGCUCCAACAACAUGCUCAGGAUCACGUGACGACUCUGGGAAUCACAGAGCCUCAGUCAGACGCGAGCUCCGAGUCCGAGGUCUCAGUGGACGACCACUCCACCACGCCCACCAACUUCUCCACAUCUCCACCAUCCUCCUCUUCGUCUUCUUCUUCUUCUUCAUCUUCCUCGAGUUCUUUCCUCCUCACACCGUCAGCCCUGUCUUUCCUGAAGUCUCGCUCUCCUUUACUGGCCACACUGGCUUGUCUGACGGCCUGUAAAGGAGAACCUGCUCGGACACAGUCCUCUGGGUGGUCCGGAUAUUUCCGCAGUGGCCGCAAAGAGGUCGUCCUGGAUGGUGAGCAGAUUUCUCGAGAGGCUGACAACCUCCUGAAGGAGUUCCCUAUCCUCCGAGCCUACCUGCAGACCAUGGCUGAACCAGUGCUGGGAACCCCGAUGGGCGAAGGUGAGGAGAGCUCAGCUGGACUUGGUGCCGUCGUCUGCGGGAAGCCCCUCAUCAGCCUCCUGCUGUCUGGGCCUCAGGAGGAGGUUUCUCAGGCUGUGGCUGCUGAGGCCUUCCAGAAAGCUCUGGCCUCCAGAGACCUGGGCCGAGCCCUCAGUCUACUGGAGCUCUACGGGCAAGGUGGCAGCCAGGAGGGGGCGCUAAGAGACCGCUUACUGGCCUACGCUGCUCUGGAAGAUGGAGAUGAAGGUAUCAGUCAUCUGUUCCGGGUGCAGGACGCCAACCUGCGAGCCCGAGUUGCCCUCCAGGCUCUGGAGCGGUGGCCUCUGUUGGCUUGCCUGGAGCUGCUCGAGUUCUGCCUCAACGACCCCGACACAGAGCCCUCGCUGAAGACAGACUUAGAGCUCAAGAAGAAAGAACUGGAUAUCUACCACGCAAUGUUGAAUUUACAGCCCCCGUUGCCGUGGGCCACUUGGCAGGAGCUGAGAACCGAAUCCAAGGCCAACUCUGAGAAAAUGUUAUCUAUGAUCAUGGAGGCAAAAGAGUUUCCUCUUUGUGUUCAGUGGGUAGAACUGUAUCCUGUAUCCAACCAGCUGAGGAUGCAGCUGCAGACUGAACAUUUGCUUCAUCUGCUGGAGAAGGGACAAACAGAUGAAGCUUUUCAGUUGCUCGAAGGCCUCUCAGAUUUUGCUGUUGGUCUGGAUGUUUGCGAGCGCGCUCUCGAUCGCCGACCCGGUUUGUCUGCAUGUCACUUCCUGGCCGACUACCUCACCCUACAUUUCCAGAUGCAGGUGUCUCCGGCACGUCGACGACACAUUCAUGCCCUCCAUCUGGGCUCCAAGGUGUUGCUGACUCUUCCCCCAGCAGCCAGGCAGGAGUACUUCCCCCUGUUGUCAGACCCUCUGCUGAUGCUGGAGCAGCUGCUGAUGAACCUGAAGGUGGACUGGGUGGACGUGGCCGUGCAGACCCUGCGGAGCCUGCUGGUCGGCCAGGAGGCUGGCUUUACCGCCGAGGACAUCGACAAGCUGCUGGCAGACUACGCCACCAAGGCCCUCGACUUUCCCUGCGCUCCCAGAGAGAGGUCUCGAUCCGACUCUGUAAUCAGCCUGCAGGAGGGGCUGAUGCAGUGUCCCGCUCAUGACACGGGCUCCCUGUUGUCCAGUCGAAUCGAAUCUCCAACGCCGUCCGCAAGCAGCACCCCGACACACACCCCCUCGGUGAGCAGCUCAGACAGGGAAAGAGAUCGAAGCUCGGCGGGUAAAAAACGUCGCUCGUCUGCCAAAUUCCAGCCUCCAGAGCAACCGCCAGCCCAAAAGGACUGGGUCCCCGACACCCAGCAGCAUGUGUGCAUGGUCUGCCAGCGGGAGAGGUUCACCAUGUUCAACAGAAGGCAUCACUGCCGGAGGUGCGGCCGUCUGGUUUGUAACGCCUGCUCUGAGAAGAAGAUGCCUGUUGAAGGGUGUCCGGGAGACGAAGUCAGAGUCUGCGAUCAGUGUUACGCCUACUUCCACCCAGACUCAGAUGAUGAGCAGGAACCAGCUGAAGUGGCUGGUAGCCCCGUCGUCACGGAGGACGCUCUGGAUGGGAUGUUACAUCUGCCUGAAGUGGUCCAACGACAGUUUCAGCUCAGCUCAAACUCUGCAGACAACCAGCUGCUGCGGAGCGAGUUUUACUACGAACAGGCCCCCAGUGCGUACCUCUGCGUGGCCAUCUUGUCUCUGCACAGCGACCAACCAGCCUGCGGUCAUCAGCUCAUCAGCCACUGCCGCUCUUUAUCUCGCAAGCUGAACAACCCGGAAGUGGACGCCUGCCUCCUCACCGACAUCAUGCGGCAGCUGCUGUUCAGCGCCAAACUGAUGUUUGUUAAAGUUGGCCGCAGCCAGGAUCUGCCCUUAUGUGACAGUUACAUCAGUAAAGUCGACGUGCUGAAGAUAUUGGUAAAGGCCAAUUACAAAUACGUUCCCUCUCUGGACGACAUCCUGGAGACUUCUGCUGUCACACGUCUCCGCAAUCAGCUGCUGGAAGCCGAGUACUACCAGCUAGCGGUGGAGGUGUCGACCAAGAGCGGCCUGGACCCCGGCGGCGUGUGGCAGGCGUGGGGAAUGGCGCUGCUGAAGGCAGGAAUCCUUUCAGGAGCCAGGGAGAAGUUCGCUCGCUGCCUGAAGGCUCCGGUGGACCGAAACCAGCUCAGCCAGGGUCCUUUGCUGCUGCAGGAGGUCAUCCAGCACCUGGAGACCACAGUGAGACCCACUCUGGCCACGUCCUCUGGUGAAGACAUUUUGGCUCCUCUGCGGGAGCUGGAGGACGCCCUGAACGAUGUCAGUCCCGUAGAGCGACCGGAGUCUCCGACGCAGAGCAGCAACCUCCACCAGGAGAGCCUCUAUUACCUGAACACAUACGGCACUCACCUGGCGCUCAUCAGCUUCUACAUGCGACACGACUGUGUGACGGAAGCUCUGAAGUACCUGCUUAACAAGGACUUCCCAGAGGAGGUGUUUCUCGAGGGCGUGCUGCAGCCCAGCCUGGAACGAGGCCGUCUUGGCAUGCUGCAGGGAAUUCUGGAAAGACUGGACCCGGGCCUGGAGAUGUGCAGCCGCUACCUUAUUGCCUCCUGCCAGUUCCUGCAGCGACGGGGAUACUAUCACUCCCUCUACCAGCUGCAGCAGUUCAUGAUGGAUCAUGUUCGUGCAGCCAUGACUUGCAUCCGAUUCUUCACACAUGGAGCCAGUUCAUACCUACAGCUGGGAGAACAGCAGCGCUGGUUGGUCAGAGCCAAAGAACACCUGAGGACGUACCUGCAGGAGCAGCAGGGUCGAGGUGGGGGGAGGAGGAAGUCGCAGGUCAACUCUUUCAGGAAGACGAUGUCGUCCAGUGACGUGUCCAGGCACAUGAAUACGAUAGAGCUGCAGCUGGAGGUGACCCGUUUCCUUCACCGCUGCGAGACUGCGACGUCCUCCAAAGCCCCACAGACCAGCACACCUUCCUCCAAGUCCCCUGCAUCCAGUUCACUGCCUACGCUGUUCGGAGGAAGUCCUAUGAAAGUGGAGGUCGCCUGCAAGGUGAUGCUUGGAGGAAAAAACAUAGAAGAGGGUUUCGGUAUUGCUUACAGAGUCAUACAGGACUUCCAGCUGGAGGCCCAGGCCGUCUACAUUCGGGCCGGUCAAAGGCUCGUCCGACAGAAGCAGUACGGCUCCGUAAGGCAGCUGCUCAAGUGUGUCGGCGAAUCGGGAACUGCCACCAAGAACGACUGCGACGCCCUCAUCCUCAGCUGUGUCUCCACUGCAGACAAAGGACCGGCUGAUGCCAAGGAGCUGGAAAGUCUCAUUCUGGAGAUGAAGAGCACAGAAAACAAGAUCAAAGCCUACCUGGUUUGCAGCAAACUGCGGCCGGCGUACCUGCUGGCGGUGAAGCUGGAGCCGAACCGGGCCGGUCCGCUGGUCCAGGACGUCCUUCAGGCCGCAGAGGGAGCGCAGGACUCGGUGAUGCAGAACAUCUGUCGGCAGUGGCUGUCUGAGCACAACAGCAAGUCGUCUCAGCAGCAGCAGCAGCAGCAGCAGCGCCAGGCCCGACCCAGCGCCAGGUAAAAGGCACAGACAGUCGGCAAAACGAGGGAUCGCUCAGACAGCACUUCAAAACAAAUGAGCUGCGAGUGAAUAGGAGGAUUCAGGGUUUCGGGGAGGCGAAUAAACAUGACUUGUAAUCGGUACACAGCACUCUUCACACCAGAAAUUAUUGUAUUUUAACUUUUUACAACUAUUUUCAUUAUAUUUCCUCUUAAAUUUCCUUAUAUUUUGCACUAAAGCACCACGUUUGGUUACAUACGAUAGCGUGUAGUUUCUUUGGGGAGGAAAUUUGACUUCACUGUCAAAAUAUUUCAAAAAAAAUCUGAACCAGAUUAAAUGCGUUUAAAUUGGAUCCUCUCCAAAAAAAAAAAAAAGAAUAACAACCCCGAUGGCCUCUUUUUUUGUUCGAGCGCUCGCCCUGCCUCCUUGUGCUGUAAAACUCGUGAAUCACCGCCGUGCUUUAUUCCGGAAAUAUUUAGCCGUUAUCUCUCAUCUGUGCAGUAUUUGACAAGGGGACAAUGUGAACGUACUGGAGUUACAACCACUAUUGCGUAACAGAAAUGCUAGCUGCAAUGUAAACAAGUACAGUCACGCUUACGCAAUGUGAGCAUAUCUUUGCAGUAUGUGUGUACGUUUUACCUCCUACCUCAGCCCAAAGGGAAAAUAUCUACAACCGACUGGAAGGCCUCUAUAAAGGUGUUACAUGUAGGUCUUUAGUUCCCCAUUUUUACGUCAUUUUUGUGCUUGAAUAAGGUUUUUACUUGUCAUGAAGUGUCCUCGGCCAAGAAUGCCACACAUUCAAACCUUGAAGACUCUGAAAACUGUCUUGUUUUUGUAAUCUGACGAAGCUGUUUACCUGUUUUACCUGCACAGCACAUGUUGUGGCCAGCUUAUCAUCUCUCUGAUGAGGAUUAGUGUUAAACCAGUUGAAGUAUUUAAGAUGAAAUAAUCUCUAAAAGGUUUUUGAGGAUACAGAAAGGGACCUGCUUUGAAGUUUAACCAUAGAUCAACUUCCAGUAAUUCAGCUUCUUGUCAGUAGUUGUCUCUCUCAUGUUUUUGCAAUAAUUUCUCCAAGUGACGCUAAUUUUAAAUCAUCAUUUUUGCUUUGUUCUCAUGGGAGACGUGACCCACAUCUGUCUGAACUCUAUGAAUCAAUAAUCAAUGACUUCAACACUGAAGGAGUCCAAAAAUGUUUCUAAAAAGGGAUUGAACUGUUGCCAUAUGUUGUUUUUUGUCACAUGCAUUUUUGUUUUUGCCUGCUUUUUUUUUUUUUCACAAACCUGCAACCUAGACAACGGUACAAAUGUAUAGUCACGUGUGUUUUUAGUUGAUUUCAAGUGUAUUUCACAGUUAUUGUGAUCACAUGGUAAAGAAGUACAUCUUUGUUUAGAGGAGACGCCGUGUCGUCCCUUUGCCUUGCUUCACUCUGCUGCACUAGUCGGAAAACGGAGCCAGAUCCAGUGUUUAUUGACGAGAGAUGAAAAGAAGCCAGUUCAGACUCGAGAUGCACUCUAAUUCUACUUAACUCUGACUGUUGUGUCUCAUCACUGCCGCACUUUAUACUUAGCGAGUUAAAACAUUUAAAAAAGUCAUUUAUUUGGGGAAAAAUUGUAAAUUAUGUAACACAGUAACUGCUUUAAUGAUGCAGGGAUCAGUGAUUUUGAAAUGUAAGUGGUUUCUCCAUCCCUUGUAAAAUAAAAAAGUUCAAUAUUAA